UAGGACGGCUCGCGUCUGUAUUCAUACGCAUCCGCCACACCUCUGCGCUUACAUCGUCAUGGGGCGACGGAGUCGUCGGUGGCUUCGUGCUGGGCCUGCCGAGUGCGGGACCCCGUGCCAUCUCGGGGGGCCCACUCACCUGUAGCAGCACUAACAGCAGCAGCAGUAGUAAACCAACCGCUACAUCUGUCAUCGGAAACGGAGAUUGUUCCGGAGGUUUGUCAAAGCCGACGGGGGCGGGGGGCGGCGGCGGGGGCGGCGCGCCUCGAAACUUUGGCUCGGUGGGCGCGCUGGCCGCCCGCUACCGCGACCUCAUGCUCGUUUCACUGAUGACCUGUGCUUCCUUUUUUCUUUAUGUCAAUUGGCGCUUCACCGCUACGCACGCGCCAUCCCCGAUCAUUACCGAACUCAUGAGUCAACCUCUGCUGCGAAAAUUGGAGGUUGCUGCAGGUCCAUCCGAAUCAGUGCAUCUGUCACCUACAGCAUUCGAUCCCUACCAGACGGCCUAUAGAUUGCAAGUGCCAUUCGAACAGCUGGUCGUACGGGUGCGAGCUGCCCCAUUCUCCGACGAAGUUAUCAUGCAGGUGGAGGGCGGCAUUCUUGAACCUGAUCACUGGUUAAACUAUACUUGUGGUACGGGUGAGACCAUGCUGAUUUUGCAUCUGACGACAAGAGAUAAGGCGCGCACGUUGAACAGUUAUACGCUACUUGUCACGCGCCAGAGACCUCCGUCGCCCCCACACGUCCACGCUCUUCGCGUGUGCCAAAUGUACCAGGACUGCGAAUUAAAGGUGGACGAGGCCCGCGGUUGUGGAGUUGAGCGACUCUCUGGGUCACGGCUACACACUCCUAACUGGGAAGUUUACUGGAACAGCAGGCAGCACCUGCCGUUGUGCAAGAACGGAUUUUCCGCCGACGCUCGCUGGCUGAUUCCCUGCCAAAGCUGCUCUGAUGGUGGGUUAUCGUGUGCGUGGGAUGAAGCCCGUUGGGCAUAUCCUGACUGUCAGCACGUCGCUACGCCGCGGGUCGUACUACAACACUGCUUGUCCAACACAAAGAUUUUGUUUUUGGGAGACUCGACGCUGCGAGGAAUGAUGUUCGAGGCUGUGCAGCAACUAAAUGGGUCUCUCGCGCGAUGGGAGAAGACGCAUGACGUCGCCAUCUACAAUCAGACCAACAGGGGCCACACGACUUUCGCAUUCGCAUAUUAUCCGAAAUUCUGGCGGAGGAAACUGCCGUCCUUCGAACUCACUCUUAAACGACUAAUUGACAAGGUGCCGGUAUCUCGCGUAAAAGGUGAAGAUAUGGUUCUCGUUUUAGGAGGCGUUCAUUGGCUCUCCAAGAUCCACAUGGAUACUGUGCUCAAGUUUUUAUCUGAACAGAGUCUACACGGAGUGAAGGUCAUUGUAAAAACGUUAGGAGCUGGCUUUCACCAGCGGGUGCAUGGAGUUCAUUAUCUACCAAAGGAAGGACUUCGUAAAGUCAUAUCCCAUAACCAACAGCUGAUCACACAGUCACUUCAGCGAGGUUUUGGGGUUGUCGAUACCUUCCGGAUGACAUAUGCCAGAUUUAAGGACUUCACCGAAGGAAAAUGCGCCUGCCAUUUUCAUAAGGUAAACAAGGUGCGCUCGGACUUAUACCAGGUCGAGGGUUCGGUGAAUCGUCAAUAUACCAAUAUGAUGUUGCAGAGCCUCUGUUCGUAACACUGGGCUUCUCCGUUUCGCCGUCGAGGAUACUACUAUCUUGACGAUGAUCUACCGAGGACACAGAAUAUCAGACAAUGAUCGCACUUUGUACCGUCCUCACAUACUAACAGCAUUGGAAUACACUGUGCCGUUUCGUAACUCUACUGCUGCCAGCAGCAGCAGCAGCAGCAGCGGCAGCAGCAGCAGCAGCAGCAGCAGCAGUAAUGGUAACCUAGGUGAACAAGUAGCCUAGGUGAGCGCUGGCUGGCUGUCGAGAAAUUGCACAGAUCGGUAUCUCAUUGAUAAUCACAAUACUGCGAACCAACUCUGAUUGAUCGAAUAUCGACCAUACCAAUAACAUGGACUGUUAUUCGGGUGUGGUGUGAUUUACAAGUUGACACUUACUGAACCGGCAGAGUACUUAAAAACGCGGCAAAACCACUAUACGUCUGAUCUGUCUACGUAUAGCACAUGUCAGCUCCUCAGAUACCGACCAAUAAAUAUGUCGUCACAUCCUUUCUAUUUUUGCAUCACGUUACUAGAUUUCUUCACUGUACUCAAACGCUGCGGUGAAUCAGGGGGACUACUGGAUAGUAGAUCG